AUGGAGGACGAGGAAACAAUGGAUUUGACGGCCGUUGGUCAUCUAGGAGCAGCAAAGUGGCUGUUUUGGUACAACGUGGCCUGCGUGUUGUAUCCAGCUUUGUUUAAUUCGGCGUGCAACAUAUACUCCAAUAAGCUCAAAAUAGCGGCCAAGUAUGACGUAUGUGGCACGCCGCUUUGGUCUUUUUACUUUAUCUUCAUACUUUGGUGUGCGAUCCGCAAACUAGCCCAACCCGUGAAGCUAAGGCGUCGGGUGAAAAGCUGGUGGCCGACGUGUGACAAUCUGUGGUUCUCCUUGUUCCAAGGGACCUGUGUUCCUCUUCACUUCAUGGCCAUGUUCAAUCUGUUCGGGGGUUUCGAGAAUUUCGGGAUUCGUGAUUGCUCGUUGCUCUUGUUGACCGACCUGGCGGUGUCCUUGUCCUGCAGGUACCCAAAGGGGGCCCCACUUCUGCCCGUCCUCAUCUCUCUUGCUCUUCAACUCGUCAAGCCACCGUCUACUUGCCCUCCCCAUACCGAUACCAAUACCAAUACCACUAUACCAGCCCUUACCGUGUUGAAGUCGAAAAUCAAAACCGAGUCAUAUGGCUAUUUGAUGGACCUUGUUGCAUUAUGA